UGUCUUCUCCACGCGCAGCCAUGUCGGCGGCGAUCUCCGCCGCGGAGAAAGUGGAUGGCUUCACGCGGAGAUCGGUGCGCAAGGCUCAGAAGCAGAAGCGAUCGCAGGGCUCCUCGCAGUUCCGGACGCAGAGCAGCCCAGUAGAGCUCGCCCCGCUGCCCCAGCUUAAAGAUGCCACCUCAAAUGAACAGCAAGACCUCUUUUGUCAGAAGCUGCAGCAGUGUUGUGUAUUGUUUGAUUUCAUGGACUCUGUCUCGGACUUGAGGAGCAAAGAAAUUAAAAGAGCAACACUGAAUGAACUGGUGGAAUAUGUUUCAACAAAUCGUGGUGUGAUUAUUGAAUCAGCAUAUUGUGACAUAGUGAAAAUGAUCUGUUCUAAUAUCUUCAGAACACUUCCACCAAGUGAAAAUCCAGAUUUUGAUCCAGAAGAAGAUGAGCCAACAUUAGAAGCCUCCUGGCCCCAUAUACAGCUGGUAUAUGAAUUUUUCCUGAGAUUUUUAGAGAGUCCUGAUUUCCAGCCUAGCAUUGCAAAGCGUCAUAUUGACCAGAAAUUUGUACAGCAGCUGUUGGAGCUUUUUGAUAGUGAAGAUCCACGAGAGCGCGACUUCUUAAAAACUGUUCUUCAUCGAAUUUAUGGCAAAUUCCUUGGAUUAAGAGCAUUCAUCAGAAAACAAAUCAACAAUAUUUUUCUCAGGUUUAUAUAUGAAACAGAACAUUUCAAUGGUGUUGCUGAACUCCUUGAGAUACUAGGAAGUAUUAUCAAUGGGUUUGCACUGCCCUUGAAAGCAGAGCACAAGCAGUUCCUUAUGAAGGUUCUGAUUCCUAUGCACACUGCAAAAGGAUUAGCUUUAUUUCAUGCACAGUUGGCCUAUUGUGUUGUUCAGUUCCUGGAGAAAGAUAUGGCAUUAACAGAGCCGGUUAUCAGAGGAUUGCUCAAAUUUUGGCCAAAAACAUGCAGCCAGAAAGAGGUAAUGUUUUUAGGUGAAAUUGAAGAAAUCCUGGAUGUAAUAGAACCAACACAAUUUAAAAAAAUACAGGAACCUCUCUUUAAACAGAUAUCCAAGUGUGUGUCAAGUUCACAUUUUCAGGUUGCAGAAAGGGCUUUGUACUUCUGGAAUAAUGAAUACAUUCUUGGUCUGAUUGAGGAGAACAUUGAUAAAAUUCUGCCGAUUAUGUUUGGUAGUUUAUACAAGAUUUCCAAAGAACAUUGGAACCCGACCAUUGUAGCAUUAGUAUAUAACGUGCUGAAAACACUGAUGGAGAUGAAUGGGAAACUAUUUGAUGAACUCACAAACUCUUACAAAGCAGAGAGACAAAGAGAGAAGAAGAAGGAGCUAGACCGUGAAGAACUAUGGAGGAAGUUGGAGGAACUAAAGCUAAAAAAAGCCCUGCCUGAGCAGGCUAGCACACUCACAAUAAAUACACAACCUGAAGACGAAGUGCCAAGUGAAAAUGACUCCUUCACAGGAUCCCCUUUUUUACAUAUGUAAAAUACAGAAGAGAAACCUCAUCAGUAUAUUUGAAAUGGCCUAUUUUUUUCCUCUGGCAAAAUGUAAAUGAA